AUGGCCCCAUCUGAAUCCAAAAAGCGCCUGGCGCUUGCCAUCGUUGACUUCCUCGGAUCAAGCUUGAAGGACGGUACCCUGACUGCGGAAGAUGCUGAUUCUAUUGAAAUCGCCCAGAACUGUAUCGCGGAGACGUUCGGUGUCGAUCCGACCGACAGCGUUGCUCUGCAGGAUGCCCUCGGUGGCCAGUCGCUUUUCAGCAUCUACAACGUAUACGAGAAGCUCAAGGGCAAGACCGCUGCAGGUGCAUCAAGCGCUACAGCCGGAGAAACCAAGCCUGCCGCACAGCCCAAGUCCAAUGCUACCCCCGAGUCAGAUAAGUUGAAGUCAGAGGGAAAUGCUGCUAUGGGCCGCAAGGAAUACGAUGCAGCCAUCGAUCUUUACACCAAAGCACUCGCGAUUGCUCCAUCGAACCCCAUCUACCUGUCUAACCGUGCUGCCGCUUAUUCGGCAUCCGGUCAACACACAAAGGCGGCAGCAGAUGCGGAGCUUGCUGUCAAUGUCGAUCCCCAAUACGCUAGAGCUUGGAGUCGUCUGGGACUUGCGCGCUACGAAUUAGGUGAUGCCAAGGGUGCUGUUGAGGCUUACGAGAAGGGAAUUGAAGCCGAAGGAAAUGGUGGAAGCGAUGCUAUGAAGCGAGGCUUGGAGACAUCACGAAAGAAAGUCGAAGAAAUGAAGCUUGCAGAGUCUGCCCCUCCCGCUGAAGAAGUCGACAAUGCUCCUGGAGCCUCUCGAGGAGGCCCGGGUGGAAUGCCGGAUUUAGGUUCUUUGGCAAGCAUGUUGGGCGGCGGUGCUGGAGGCGCUGGUGGUAUGCCUGACCUUGGCUCACUUAUGAGCAACCCUAUGUUCGCGAGCGUCGCCCAGAACUUGAUGAGCAACCCUGACAUGCUUAACAAUCUCAUGAGCAACCCUCGUCUUCGCCAGAUGGCUGAGAGUUUUGGUAAUGGAGGAGGUAUGCCGGACAUGUCGUCGAUAAUGAGUGACCCAUCACUUGCUGAAAUGGCCAAGAACAUAAUGGGCGGAGGAGCUGGCCGCGGCGCUGGGGGUCAAUAA